CGACAGACAGGACGCACCAUCUCACGCUCCGGGAAUGGGAUCUUUACUGGGUUCAAAGAAAAACUUCGAGUUCUUUCGAGUUUACGCUCUAGAGAAGCUACUUUUCAAACUGCAGGGAUAGUUGUUACUGCAGGUGCAGGGUGACAGCAACGAAGCAACGCUGGCCAAUGAUCUCCAAGACGCACCAGAAGUUGUCUGAUAGUCAAGGAGUUCCAGACGCUAGGAAUCAGUGCAGCACCAUAAAGUGGUCUCAGCUGAGUUUGAUUACUUAGAUAUUCUCGCAGUUUUAUACCAAAGUUACUUUAACCGAGGUGUGCGUAAAAUAUUUGUGCGUAAAGCUGGAGCCGUUGCGCACAGUUCAAAGUUAGCUCUAGUGGGGCAGCUUAUGCAAGAACGUGUGAAAGACCACAGAUUUGUUUAAUAUUAAAUCUGUGAGAAGCGUUAAUACCUCGAAAGCCAUGGCAAAAUGGUUCAGAGAUUUCCCUAUCAACCUAAAGAACGGAAAUGAAAGGGUCCGCUCGGCCUCUGAGUCUGGUACACAAACUCGACCCAAACCUUCGCGAGAUAGUUUGAAAGGAAAUCAACGUAAGGAUGGAGGAGUUGGGGGUUUAUUAGCAGGGAGAAAUAGGAAAAAUUCUGCGAUAGAACUGGGUCGUAACAACGGUGGGACAGUCUGGGAUACGCUCACGAAUGGAAAAGGUCGCAAGAACUCCAAGAUCGAGACUGGGACAUCAGAUGAGAACCGCCAGGUCAGGACCUCUAGUCUGGCGCAAGCGUACAUCAGCAGGAUGAUCAAGGUGGACAAACAAGACAAGAUCCCCAAACUCAACGGGAUAAUUGAACAUAAGCUGCCUGAGAACGAGAAGGGAAGGUCUGACAUAAAGACAGCGCUGAUCAUCCUGGAGGACUACGCAGAUCCUUUUGAUGCAGAGAAAACCAAGGAGCAGAGAGAGGCUGAGAGAGCAGGAGUGAAUGAUGGGUACAUGGAGCCCUAUGAUGCCCAGGUCAUCAUCACAGAGGUUCGUAGACGGGGCUCCAAAGACCUCCUGAAAGUGUGUGUUCUUCUGGACCGAGGCCACAGAGAGGGGAAGGGAGAAGAGGGCAAGCCCGCGCCUCCUAAUAUCUACGACACACCAUAUGAGGGAGGACCGGAGGGUGACAGUGAGGGGGUGUGGAUCCCUGUCACACGGCCAGAGUCUGACGUUCGUCCUGCCGGAGAGUACGAGUUGCCCUGGGAGUGGAGAAAAGAGGACAUUGUGAGAGCGCUGUCAGCUCAGUUUGAGGCACUGGAUUGUUCUCCCGCUAAAGAGAACGGUUCAACCUCCAGCCGCCAGCAGCAGCAGCAGCAGCAGCAACAGCAGCAGCAACAGCAGCAGCAGCAGCAGCAGCAGCAGCAGCAACACACCCUGAGACAGAAGAGCUGGAACCAUAAAACACGUGUCUCCUCUUCUCCGACCUCCUCCUCUUCACCCUCCUUUCCCUCCUCUCCUAUUCUCAAACUUUCCCCUCUCACACCUCCAUCUCCUUCUUUCCCCACCCUCAAACUCUCACCCCUAUCACCCUCCUCCAGCCCUAGCAAACUUUCCCCUCCAUCCCCUACCUCCCCUGGUGCCCCGCUGGAUGGGGAUGCAGCCAAAGUGGACCCAAGUCUGCCGCUGGAGAAGCAGAGCUGGUACCAUGGCAGUGUGAGUCGGCAGCAGGCUGAGGCUCAGCUGCAGCGCUGCAGGGAAGCCAGCUUCCUGGUGAGAGACAGCGAAUCAGGAACCAGCAAGUACUCCAUUGCUCUGAAGACCAGUCAGAGUUGUGUGCACAUCAUUGUGGCCCAGACUAAGAGCAGUAAGGGCUUGGGCUACACACUGGAUCAGAGUAGCUGUGUCUUCUCCAGUAUCCCUGAGCUGGUCCACCACUACUGCACACACAGACUGCCUUUCACUGGAGCCGAACACAUGACCCUGCAGCAUCCUGUGCCCCGGCCACACUGAACAUGCGUAAAGGACAAACAAACACCCUAGGACACAAGCACACAUGCGCAGACACAAGCAGAGACAAGUAUGUCACAUUUAUGAACAAGUGCACACAGACACACACAUAAACGUGUUAAUACAUGUGUAUACAAAGAUACACAUAUAGAGAUAUGCUGCUUUGGAUUGCCCUGUGUACCACCUUACUGUAAUAAGUUCAUGUGUUUGUAGCGCUACCAAGCGCUACCUAGUGGUCAAAAUCAGACACUACAGUUACCACUGAUCACAUUGUUGUAGUGUUGACUGUUUCCAAGCCAAGAUUUAAAAAACCACACACACAAGCCACGUUGAUUGUAUUUAUAGUUACUGGAAAACCAUCUCUGCACCAUAGUUUUGUCCAUUGACUCUACAGACCCACUCUCCCCCAUGUAAACCUCAUUGAUCUGUGUAAUACCUGCAAAGAUGCGCACAAAACCCUGCAUUUACUAUAGCCAAUAUGAUAUUUGAAGCAAGUGGAGAGGCUUAUAAUCUCCUCCCCUUACACAGAGGUGCUGACAUCAUCAAUUAGCACCCUUCCAUCCAGUUAGGUCUUGGUUGGUUGGAUCAAUACACCUGAUUGGAGUAUAUUCGUUCAUCCAUCUGACACGUCAAUCAGCGCAUUGAUCUAUCCUGAAAAUCAGGCUGAUUUUCCAGCUACUGUGUCCAUCAAGAGAAAGAGCUUUAUUGAUUAGAUGAUUAGAAGUAGUGUAGAGGGAGGGGUCUUAUAACAUUACAGUAUCCAUCCAGCUAAAUUGUUUAAGUGUGUGUCAGUGUGCAAAUGAAUACAUGAAUAUCUGGCCCAUUUACGUGCCUUCACUGUAAUCUAAAUAUGGAAUUUUAUAAAAAAGAUAUCUUAUUUUGAAUGAAACCAAAAAUGUACCUACUGUAUGCAUAAAUGAUGUGUGUAUGAAGUGAUUGCUUGAUAUUGUCAGAUUUUUUACAUCAACCACCCAAUGAUGUGGGCUGUAUAUUAUUGUUGUAAAACAUUUAUUCAGUAAAUAAAACUAAAUUCA